GGAGGUGUUCCACAAAGACGCGUUUAUAUUAUUCGCGUUCGCGCACCUGAGAACUUAACUAUUACCCGAUCGGAGGAUUUGACGACCUGGUACAAAUCAUUCCUACCGCCGGCCACGACAAACUCGACGGAUUCUCGGUUUAUAUAUGCUUACAGCGAAGCCAUCAUUGGCUUUGCUGCAAAUCUUACGGAGGAUGAAGUGAGGCACAUGGAGAAGAAUGACAACUUUCUAAAAGCCUAUCCUGAUCGCGUGCUGUCUCUCUUGACUACGCACACUCCCGACUUCCUGGGGCUGCAGGCCGAAAAUGGACCGUGGAAGAACUACGGCAUGGGCAAAGGGAUCAUCAUCGGAGUGCUCGAUACGGGGAUCAAAUCCGAUCAUCCGUCGUUCGGCGAUGACGGACUGCCGCCUCCGCCUUCUAAAUGGAAGGGAUCCUGCGACCCAAAUUUUCACUGUAAUAACAAAGUCAUCGGGGCGAAACGAUUUUUCGGCGGUCGUAAGGUGGACAUGCCCCCCACUGAUGCGGUUGGACAUGGUACUCACACCGCAAGCACGGCUGCAGGGAACUUCGUCAAGAAUGCGAGUGUACUCGGAAGUGGCAAUGGCACGGCUGCUGGCAUGGCACCACACGCUCAUCUAGCGAUAUACCACGUUUGCGGUGGUUUAGGAUGCUAUGCAUCUGACGUCCUAGCCGGAAUUGACGAGGCUAUCAUUGACGGGGUGGAUGUAUUAUCUAUCUCGCUCGGGGCCGGUUCGCGUCCUUUCCAUAACGACGUGAUAGCAGUCGGUGCCUUCAGCGCGGUCAAGAAGGGAAUCUUUGUAAGCUGCGCUGGAGGUAACUCCGGCCCGGCAAACACCUCGCUUAGCAAUGAGGCCCCGUGGAUCCUUACAGUAGGGGCAAGCACGAUGGAUCGACAGAUAAAAGCGAUUGUGAAGCUCGGUGACGGACGAGAGCUUCUCGGUGAAUCACUCUUCCAGCCUCCCGACUUUCCGCCGACCAUGAUUCCUCUUGUAUACCCAACAAGUCCAGGAGCUGGAAAUUGCAAUUACAAUAGCGUCGUUCAGAGUAAAGUUAAAGGAAAGAUUGUCGCCUGCGAAAACUUCGGGUCGAGGUACAUCAUGGGCGAUCUAGUUAAGCAAGAAGGUGGUGCAGCAAUCGUAAUCUUGAACCAGAAGGAAGAGGGGGACACCACCUUCGCGGAAGGUCACUCUCUCCCAGCGUCUCAUGUCAACUUCGUAGGUGCUUCCAAUUUGAAGGAAUAUGUCAACUCGACGGAUAAACCGGUUGCCUCAAUUUCUUUCAACGGGACAUGCCUAGGAACUUCUCCGGCUCCUGUUGUCGCUUUCUUCUCUUCUAGAGGGCCGAGUAGCCAAAGCCCUGGUAUUCUAAAGCCUGAUAUCCUCGGCCCUGGAGUGAAUGUUCUUGCAGCAUGGCCUCCUCCCUAUGCUGGCUCAUCCACCGAAAAUUCGACUAAGCCAAAAUUUAACGUCAUUUCCGGAACUUCAAUGUCCACUCCCCAUCUAAGCGGUAUUGCUGCGCUGAUUAAAGCUGCACAUCCGGAUUGGUCUCCUGCAGCAAUCAAGUCAGCGAUCAUGACAACAGCAGAUAUAGCAGACAACGACGGCAAUCUGAUAAUGGACGAAACACGAAGUCCUGCAAGCUUCUUCGCCACAGGUGCAGGACAUGUGAAUGCUUCGAAAGCUAUGAAUCCCGGCCUAGUCUACGAUACUGUUGUCGACGAUUACGUAGCUUAUCUUUGCGGGUUGGGUUACAAUGAUAAGAAUGUAGAGUUGAUCACUGGCGAAAAGGUCACUUGUUCGGAGGUAAAGAAAAUCACGGAGGCCGAGCUGAAUUACCCAUCUAUUGUUGUGAGCCAAAAGUUAGGCAAGCUUACGGUGAAUAGAACGGUGACAAAUGUGGAAGAAGGACAGUUCUCGACGUACACGAUCAACGUCAGCAUGCCUGAGGGUAUAUCAGUAGAUGUGUCGCCGAGGAUGUUAAAGUUCUCUGCGGCAAAAGAGAAGAAGAGCUUCACGAUAAGCAUGAAUUGGUCCACCGACAAGAGUGGCAAUGCGAAGGGAGACAUUAAAUGGGUGUCAACGAAACAUGUUGUGAGAAUUCCUAUUGUUAUCUACUAGAAUAUUGAAAA